AUGGACGAGAAGGAUAACAACUUGGAACACUUUCAGAUCACGAACGACGAGCAUGGACAGUCGUUUUCGUACAAAACAAAGGAUAACCAAUGGCGGAACGAAAUGGUGGAGGUGGAUCCCGACACUGGGAAGCUGACCAUAUCUGGCUGGUAUAGAUACAUCGGCCCAGAUGGGCUCGUCUACCAGGUCAAAUACGUGGCCGAUGAGAAUGGCUUCAGACCACUUGGAGCGCAUCUUCCCGGAGCUGAUCUAUCCGAUCCAAACGCCUUCAGUGUCAUCAUGCCUCUAAGCGACAGUAUUUCGCGAACUGUACUACUAUCGUUGAUAGGGUGA